AUGGCUGGAGGUAGUGAUUCCUUGAAGGAGAGAGUGUCAAGGAUAGAGAAUUUCCUUAGUACCGUGUCUGGAGAUGAAGCUGAGAGUAUGGUUGCCCAGAUGGAAUAUCUCAAUGCCAAGAUAGCAGAGAUCGAGAAAAUCCUCGAAGAAUUGAAAGCUUCGAUGGAGAGGAAAGUCACCGAUUGUCUAGGUGAUAUGGAUGGCUUAGCGGAGGCCGUCGAUGGAAAGCUCAAGGAGGUGGAGACAGAAUUGAGCGUGGUGAAGCUUGUUGUGAGUGGCAGUGCUUCGAGUCAUGAGGGUUCAAUGACGACCAAGAUAAAGGUGCCUAGACCAAAGGCUUAUGUUGGCAAACGAAGCUCCAAAGAGUUGGAGAAUUUCUUGUGGGAUAUGGAGCAGUAUUUGAAAGCUGCUAAAGUUCCGGAUGCUGAGAGGGUCACGAGCAUGUACUUGGCAGGUGAUGCUAAGUUGUGGUGGAGAACUCGUGCACAAGAAGUGGCAAGUGGGGGCAGAUCUACUAUUGAAGAGUGGGUGGUGCUGAAGAAGGAAUUGAGAGCCCAGUUCCUUUCGUGCAAUGUUGCAUGGCUUGCAAGGGAAGCUUUGAAGAAUUUGAAGCAACCUUGGGCACAGUCGGAAUUGAGGAGACAAGAUGUUAGGAGCCUCAACUCUGCCAUUGCUGCAGCAGAAAGACUGAUGGACUACAGAGCAGUAGUCACUUCCAGUGGGAUGAAAGAGCAAGGUGGGAAGAGACAUUUGGAAACCAAAGGGGCUGACAAGGGAAAGGAAGCCAAGGUUGUUCAAGAUGGUGCCAAGAGUGUGGAAAGCAAGGACAAGAAGACGUUCUCGGGUUGCUUUCUUUGCCAAGGGCCUCACCGUGUGAAAGACAGUCCAAGGAAGCAGAACUUGAAUGCAGUUGUUGUGAAGGGAAAUGGAGGUGCUGAAGAGGGCAGCAGUCUCCAGGUGAGUCCAAUGGUUUUGUUGAAUUCACUAAGAGUGAUCUCACCGGAAGAUCCUUUGGGAGAGGAUGCUAUUGUGCAACCGGUGUUGGAGGUGAUUGAGGUAUUCGUGGAUGUGUUUGCCAUGGAGCCCUAA